CAGAAUAUGACCUCUCUCUCCGUGUUUGAAUGACCAUCAAUGUAUGUGUGUCCGUUCCUUCGUGCUGUCACCCAACCAGACAAUGGCGUCCAGUCCACGCACACACCAUACAACGAGAAUGUGUGUGAAAGCAGCUAGCUAGCUAAUCCGUCGCACAAGGCUGUGCGUGUGUGGUGUAGAGAGUGGAACCUACCGCUGGUUUGUGUUGUUCACUCGUGAAAUCAAGUCAGGCAGAGAGCCGGAAGGAGUCAGACAGAGUGCACCCACCCACCAAAAGCGUGGCAGAGAGGCAGAGAGGAUGGAGAGACAAGAGUGAAACGAAGAGAAGAGUCAGUCACCGACCGCAUAGCAUACCACCCAGUCUUUUGAUAGAGAUCGAUGAAUAAAUGCACUUCAGUACUUUGGCGGGAGGGACCCAAUCACACACAACCUAGUACUCCAUCGGUCAAUCGAAUCGCCUGACUGACCCUCAUGUUAAUUGCCAUUUAAUCCUCCCUCCCUCUUCCAGUGACUGAGUGCACCAAAAGCACGCGUGGCAGGCAGGCAGGCAGACGGAGAGACAAAAAGAGUCGUCGCAUCGCAUCGUAUCGCAUCGCAUCGCAGAAAGAACCGACAUUUAGAGUCUUGGAACGCCCCGCCCCGCCCCAGGUGCGUGCACUCUUUGUAGCUAUCUAGCUACAUAUGAUUCUCUCUCUCUGUGUAUUGACGUCACGUGUCUAUAUAUUCGGUAUUGACGGUACAGAGCUGCCGUGCGCACAAAUACACGAUGCAAUGGCCCCACCCCACCCGCCACACGCAAUGCAACCCACCCAUCACAUCGCCUCGCCUCGCCUCAAUUCGUGGGGGUACCAAUCGGCCGACCAAUAAACUCAUGGAUGAACCAAACGCAAAAAGACAGAGAGUCUUCAAACGGCCCAAAAUCCGUCAGGCAGGCAGGCAGGCACCCCUGACAUGUCGGAAAAUGCGAUAGAUAGCGCGCGUCACAUCCAUCGACACGCUGACACCGUUUGGUCUCAUUGAGGAUUGAGCACACGACGGAUGAAUGACCUGAUGACGGCAAAGUCGCCGAUGCCCUUAAAGAUGACCUCCCUGGCCGCAUCGAUCAUUUUGGCCUCCACCAUGGCCUCCUCGGAUGCGUCGCUGUCUUGGGGCGGCUCCACCAUGAGCAGCAUGCUCGAUCCAGAUAUGUGCAGCUGCACAAAACACAACAACGACACAGAGAGGGGCAACGCACACGUAAACCUGAUGUACCCUCAUCCCAUCCUUGGCUGUCGUGUCAGUCGGUCACUCACCUCUUUGGUUCUCUUGAUGACUUCGUGCAGUCUGUCUCCAUGUCUCUGCUUCUUGUCGUCAGUCAUCCUGCCCAUCUGCUCCUCAAUCGCAGACACCAGAUCGGCAGAGUCCCACGACCGGGCAGCAGGAUGGCCUCCCUCUCUCUGUCCACCACCACCACCGCCACCGGGCGGCCACUGGAUGGACUGCUGCCGCUUGAGUGACCGGAGGAAGGACCGCAGCUGGGAGAUGAUGACCAGCGCGAUGCCCUUCUGCAGGCCCAGCUCGCGGCGGAUGUCCUCACAGGCAUCCACGCUGCCGAUGUUCUCCAGCAUGUCUAGCAGACUCACGGCCGAGGUAAUGUCCAACGCCUGCAAACACCAUACGCCACCCAUCCGCCUUGCUGUUUAUGUGCAUUCAUUGUGUUGUGGUGACCUACCUACCUCGAUCUUGUCGGCAACGUGUUGCAUGUCGGGUCGUGGGUCGGCCUUGAGCAGCUCAACCAGCUGCUCCCUCGUCAAGGCAUCAAACGCAACGCCCUUGCCGCCACCCCCACCACCACCACCACCCUGCCCCUCCUUGACGGCAUCCCCCACCACACUACCGCCCCGACCGCUGCCCAUGUUGGGGUCCCGCUGUCGCUGAGGGACCUGCGGGUCGCGUGAUGACAUGCUCGCACCCAUAUCACCACUCCCACGACUCGGUGGCUUGCUGGCCUUCUUGGGUGCUGGUGGCUUCGGUCCUCUCUCGGCAUCCAGCCGCGCGACGAAUCGCUUGGCCGCCUCCAGGGUGCCCUCGUCAUCGCCGCGACCCACGAUCACAGGCACCUCUUUCCGCAGAAAGGUCUUGAUGGCCGUGAUGCUGCGGUUCGGGAAGGCCGCGAGGAUCUCGCCCGCGUCGUUGCCCACCGUCGCAAACAGCCGACAGAAGGCCAGCCGAUCAGCCUGUGUCCACUCCUGCUCCUGGUCGUCACCGUCCUCCAUAUCCUCUCGCUCUCGGCGCCGUGCCCAUGCCGCAUCGAUGGCUGCCUCCAUGGCUUGCUCCGUGGGGGCAGAGAGGGGGAAGGUCUCCACAGCAGCCGUGCCAGGGAUGACCAGCUCGAUGGCAACCCGCAUCAGCCCCUGCCCCGCCUGCUCUCGCCUCAGCCUCAGGCAAAGGGCCCUGCUGUGCUUGGAGUCUGCGAAUCUCUCGAGCUUGUUGUGGAAGAUGCGAUGCAGCUCCGUGAGUUGGGCGGGCGUCAGUGGAGGGCCGGUGAGGGGCGGCUGCUGGACCACCUCAUUGGCGGCCUUGGGGGGAGGGGACGGCUGCUGCUUCUCUGGGCGGCGUUUGUCAGACUUGAGUCGCUUAGGGGUGGGCCUCAUGUUGUCCUCGGACGAGGAGGAAGACGAGCUGCUGUCUUGGUGGUCGUCACGCGGUGGCUCGUGCAUGGCGUCAUCUCCCUCGGCCUCCUCUUCCUCCUCCUGGAUACGUUUGAGCCAACUGGCGUCAAUCAUGACCGCCCUAUCUCCCAGCUGCGACCCAAAAAACGCGUUGCGAUGCUGGAUGGCCUGGUGAAGUGCCUCGAAGACUUCGCAGCGGGAAUUGAUGUCACUGACGAUGAAGCGACGCCCGGAGGUGGUAGCUUGGGACGAGUAGUAGGUGCAGAAACUCCGAGAGGCCUUGUUCCAUGUGAUGCCCAGCCUGAGGAGGGGAAGCAAAACAUCCAAUCCAGACAAUGACAGCCCGGUGCCCCUCGCCUCGUCCUUGGUCGCGUGUCCAUGGCUGCUUACCCCCCGCUGCCACAGGUCCGCACGCCCCCCAGCUGCUGCUCUCGAAUGCGCUGCAGCAAGGCCAGUGCCAGCCGCUUCCCCUCAAGGCCAGACAAGUCGACCACAUCCCGCCCGCCGACAGGACCCCCGCCACUGCCUCUGCGACCUCGGCGGGUCAUGGGGGGCAGCACACGGUCAUCAUCAUCGUCAUCACUUGUGUCCAUCUGACGGCCCUCCGGCGAUGGCGUCAACCGCUUGUGGCGCUUCAGACGGGGAGUGGCCAAAGGAGGGUCGUCGCCCAUUGUUUCCUCCUCGCCUUGUAGCUGAUGGAGCCAGUCCAGCUUGACGACUGUUGCUCGAUCUCCCAGCUUGUCGCGAUGGAGGCGGUUGCGGUGUGUGACGGCACGACGGAAAGCAUCGAUGAUGGCCCCACGGGAGCUUAGGUCCGCGAUUUUGAACAGCUCCUGCUGCGCGGUGUUGGAGAAGUAGGCUGCGAAAGCGCCACAGUACCACGUGAGGCCAAGUCUGCACACAUACACAUACACACGCACAGACACAUGGCCCGACAGCUGAUCUUCCCGUCGAUUCCACCCUCUCAGACCUUACCCGCCGCUGCCAUAUUUCCUGAAGCCGUCCUCCCGCUCUUGUCGCGCCCGCUGAAGCAGAGAUCUCGCAAAGGCAUGCGCCGACUGCAGUGCCACCUGCGGCAUCCCACGGCCCCUGACUCCACGAGCUGGCACACGGGCUGGGCGACGUUGCGGCGCGUUGCGGUGGCUGCUCCAGUAGUUGCCAUCCAGGCCACGCUCGUCCCGAUGCGCUGGGCUGGCACCGUCGAAGCGGUCCUCGUCGGAUGAAAGACCAUGACCAUCUGAUCCAUCAGCAUCGUCAGCACCUGCCGCCGAUGCACGGCGCCCUCUCUCCAGAGCUUGGAUGGCGGCCUGCAUGGCACCGUUGUAGCCCAGCUGUGCGACCGAGAAGCGCCGGGCCUUCCUUUGGCCGCCCUGCUGCCAGCGGGCGAGCCACAUGUUGUUUCCCUGAUUGAAAGUGACGCCCCUCACGCCGCUCUGAUGCUGUGAUCGCACCUUCUGCCCCGCCCGCCCGGUGCGCUCCAUCUCGCGACGAUGGUGCUCUGCCAGCGCCUGGGAGCUCAAUGGAAGAACAGGACAGCGUGCAAUCCAGUUCAAUGACGAAUUGUCUUGCCUCGCCCUUUAUACCUUUGCCUUGUUGAAGCCAUGCUCGCUGAUGUAGAAGUACUUGCUCUUCUGCCCGCCACCCUUCUCCGACCAAUGCGCCAUCCAGGCCUGGUCCUGUUCAUACCAACACACACCCACCACAUCCGACUGGUGUGCGGCAGGACUGUGCGGCAGGCCGUGGGGCCUCGCCGAUCGGCCAUAUGGGGGGGCUGAAGGGCCGCUGCUGGCCUCUGCGUCUCUGUGGCGAUGUUUGCGGGGUGGGCUGUCAUCGAACGACUCGUCACGCGCCGACGGCCCUGCCUGUCUGAGCCACGAGAUGUCGAGAGUCGUUGCCUGGUCACCGAGGAGGGAGCGGUGAAGGGCGUUCCGGCGGUGGACGGCCCGCUCGAAUGUCUUGAUGAUGUCCUCGGGAGAAGCCAUGUCGGUGGGCUUGAAAGACUUGAUGCGGACGUCGGUGCGAUGGUCACAAAGGUAGGUCUGAAAGGCACGAUUACUGCGGUUCCAGAAGAUACCGCGCCUGAAGAAUGCACACCCAACCCACCAUACACAGUGACUUGUUGCCCGUUCCCCCCGCAGCUUGCUUCCUCCUCACCCGCCUCUGCCGUAUGUGCUGAAAUCGCUUGGCUGCUCCUGAGUGAGUCGCUCAAGGAGGGCUCUCGCCAACGCCUCGUCGGUCAGCCCACUGAGGCGGGUCUUCUCCCGCGAUCGUUUGCCGCCAAAGAUGUUCCGCUUUGAAGCAGGACUCGGAUGCAGAUCACGGCGGGGCUGCACGGACGGAAUGUCACGCGGCCGCAUGCGAAUGGGGGGACGGGAAGCAGGGAGGUGGUCGUCUGGCCAUUCCUUGUCGGAGUCGAGCCAGCUGAUGUCGAUCAUGGCGGCUCGGCGGCCCAGCGCCGCUUUGUAGAUCUCGUUGCGGCGUUGAACACACCGGCGAAACGCAUCGAUGAUGUCAGCACGACUGACGACACGAUGAAGGCCGAAGUAACCCGACAGAAACCCCCGAUUCCCUCGAUUCAUUUGGGCGUGAAAGCCAUAAGUGGAUCGCUUGCUGGAGGAGAAUGAAACACCAACCCUGAUUGAAAGAAAGGGACGCAAUAAGAUACUGUUGUAUGACACUAUAGGGCUUGUCUUACCCGCCCCUGCCGUUCCGUGGGUGCACCUCCGGCUGCUCUUGACUGAUACGGCGGACAAGUCGACGCCCCAACUCCUCGACCUCGGAGGGACGCAUUGGGUCCGUGCUGCAGUGACCGACCUCACGCUGGCCAUCGAGUGCCUCAUCACGGUCACUUCCCAGCUCCUCCCCGUCGAGCCACGAGAUGUCGACAGGGGUCGCAUGGUCACCGAACCGGCUCUGCCAGAGGCCGUUGCGCUUCUCGACGGCCUCGCGAAACGCGCGGAUGAUGUCGUCAUUGGAAUCGAGGUUCGCGACGGUGGUGAGUUGAUGGUAGGUGCCGUUGACGAAGGCAGCGAAAUCCCGCACACUGCGGACCCACACCAUGCACAACCUGAACACACACCCGAUGCAGCAUGGAUGUGAGUAUUCUUUGUGACCGGUCUCCUGUGUCCUCUGUGUCCUACUCACCGGCCCUUUGUCUGGUGUUGCUCGCGAGCACGGUCAAUGAGGGCAUUUGCCAGCGCACUGCCUGACAGGCCAGAGAGGCCGGUCCUCUGGUGUGUGCUGAUUGAGUUGCGACCAUCGACACCUCCAUCGCCAUCGAACGCAGGUGGUCCCCUCUCCUUCACCGGUCCCCCGCUGCGACGCCGACGACUCUUCACGGGCGGACCCAUGCCCUUCCGAUGGCCCUCGUCCGCUGCCUGGCGCAAGUUGAUGUGCCGGAGGUCGAUCGUCGCCCCCUCGCCAUGGUGGGCACGGAGGAUGCUGUUGAAGUGCUGACAAGCUUGGGCAAAGGCCAUGAGGAGUUGCUGCCGGGACGUCAUGUCCGCCACGGGGAAGACACGCUCGGCCCGCCUGCCGGUAUCAUCCUCAGAGCGGUAGGCAACGAACUGCCGCUCGUGGGGGCGCCACUCCAGACCAAUACUGCAAAAGACAUUGAUACGUGGGACAGCAAAUUGAGCGUUCGUCCUCCAUCCAUCAAGCACACGUUUUGCCCACCCACCUGUCGGCAUCGCCGUUGAGCUGCUUCUUGGCCUGCCUCACCAAGAGGCUCGCCAGCGCCAGGCCAUCCUCCUCACUCAACGGAGGCCGCACAGACUGCCGUCCUCUCUUCUCGGACCCAUCAUGUGGGCGCUUGACGCCGUGCGGGCAGUGGUCGGGUUGCUGAUCGUCUUGCAUCAUCCCGCGUCGGCGUGUGCUGGAGUGGCGGCGAUGUCGGGGCAGCCGUAUGGAGAGAGGCAUGUUGUCGUCGAGCCAGCCGAUGGACAGCGGGACUGAGUCUUUUCCCAGAUGAGUGGAGUGGAGCUGGUUGCGCUGUUGCACCGCCUGACGGAAAGCGGCCAGGAUGUGCUGCUGGGAUGGGGGUUCUGCCACGGGGACGUCCAGGACGUACUGCCGGCCGUCUUCAUAGGGGGACCGCACGAACACACGGAAGGAGCCAGAUGACCAGCACAAACCGUACCUGAAGCAAGGAAGCAAGACGCAGGCAGGCACCAGGGGGUUUUCAAUCAGUGAGUGGGUCUAUAUCGUCUCAUGCGUGAGCGUUUCUUACCCUUCGCUGUUGCCAUCUGCGAGUUGUGGGUGCUCCUCUCUCAUCCGCCUCACGAGGGACGCCGCAAGAUCGCCCUCGUCCAACUCACCCAGAUCCAGAUCAGUGUCGCGACGGCCAUGGGCAGGCGACAACUGCAUCUUAUCGCUCAAGCGGGUGUUGCGCUUGCUGGUCUUGGCUGUCUUGGCGGCGCGAGGAGGUGACAGACUGCCUAUGCCGUCAGACGCGUCGGUCAUCGGCUGCUCCUGCUCCUUCCCUCCCUCAUCUUCCUCCUCUUGAAGCCCGUCCAGCCACGCGGUGUCGAUGAUGACCGCUCUCUCGCGAUGGUAGGCACGGUGGGCGGCGUUGCGGUGCUGGAUGGCCAUCCUGAGGGCAUCAAUGAUGGCGCUGCGAGAGGUGAAAUCGGUGAUGUGGAACAGCUUGUGUGUGCGGGCGUCCCUCCAAAGCCCGGACUGGAAGGCAUUAUAUUGCCAGUACACUCCCAACCUGCCGCACGCACCACGAACAAGGGCAGAAGAUCCAAUGGGCGCGUGACCUCUGUCAUUGCCCUGUCUGUCUGUCUGUCUGAGUUUCCUUACCCGCCAGUGCCCCGUGGAAAGACGACUCCCUUCUCUUGGAGCUCCUCCUUCAGCCGCACCACCAGAGCUGCUGCAAACUCCUUCCCACGCGACGCAGUGCGCUGAUCCACCGGACGUCUCGCUGGUCGACCCCUGCGAUGACGCCGGACCGAAGCACCCGUCUCAGGCUCGUUCGUCGAGGAGAGACCUUGCUCCUCCCUCUCCUUUGCCCGCGUGAGCCGUGAAGCGUCGAUCAGCACCGCCUGAUCUCCGAAGUGCUCGCGGUGGAGGGCGUUGCGGUAGGCGAGAGCUUGCUGCGCCGCGUCGAUGAUGUCCGACCGAGAUGACAUGUCGGUGACCUUGAAGCCCCUCUUGCCGAUUUGUGCUCCAGCGCCAGCAGCGAUGUAGGCCUCGAACUUUUCUGUGCUAUAAUUCCACGUGAGGCCGACCCUGGUACACCGAGUACAGAGAACAUGGUCACAAGAGAUGCAGUCAGUAAGAUAUCGACGCCGGCUGGCAAUCCUUACCCUCCACGACCCCUGAAAUGCUCUGCAGGACCGAGUCGCCUCAGCAACGCUCGCGCAAGAGCUUCCCCCGUCAGCCCAUCCAGCCCUGCCCCACCCAGCUGUCGAGCCAUCUGUCGGGCCGCCACCAUGCGCGACAGCUGCGUGGCGCCGGGCCGCUGGAGGCUUUGAUGACGGGUACCAGGUGGGGAGAGAGGGCUCUCGGGCGAUAGGUACCUUGCUGUGCGCCUUGUGUGAUGGUGGCGGCCCCCUUGGCCUCCUUGCUGCUCCUCCACCUCUCCCCGUGUGAGGUUGAUGAACGUCGCCUGGUCACCGAGAAAUGUGCGGUGGAGGGCGUUUCGCCGCUCGACAGCCAGCUCGAAGGUCUUGAUGAUGUCUUCGCGCGGACCGUCGAGAGAGACUUUGAGUCCCUCUUGGCCGAUCUUCACGUCCGACCUCCGAGAGACGUAGAUCGCAAACUCACCGUUGGUACGAUUCCACGAGAUCCCGACCCUGAUCACGAAGCGCACAGGACAUACCAUGUAUGAUCAGACGACGUGGCAGCGGCUCCUUCCCGACUCAUCAGUGCUGGCCGACCUUACCCUCCACGGCCCAUAAAUGGCGAAUGAGGACCGACUCGCCUCAGCAACGCUCGGACAAGAGCCUCCCCCGUCAGCCCAUCUGUCUGCCCGGUCGGCUGUGAGGCAUCGCCACGUUGCUCGUGAUGAGUGUCCGGUGGAGAGAGAGGCACGUCGGGUGCGAAUCGCUCCUCGGGCGGUUUGGCACUGGGAGGCCCCACCCCAGAUGGACGGCCAGGGGGCAGGGAGGUAGGGUGGGGCGGCUGGAAGGUGCUCAGCCCUGAAUGCACACAUACACACGUUAUGUGAUGUGUACCGAUGCCCUCAUCCCGUUCGUUGUCUUACCAGCAGGGCUCAGCUGCAGGACCCUUUGCACCUUGCCGUCGACUUCCACAGUGACGGUCUCGAAGCGGUCGUCAGUCUCGGCCACACCCUCGCGAAUGGCCUUGAGCACUGCAGUGAGCCUGUUGGUGUCCCACCCUCUCUCCGCUCGGAUGCACAAUGCACGAGCCCACAGUGUGUCGGGCCGUCCCCCAUCGCGGGCGGUGACAAUGAAGCGCUUCCCGUCGCCCUCAUCCUCGACUGUGAAGUGCAGCCCCUCGUAGGCCACAUGGUGCUUCCAUCGGCCACCGGGGAUGCCCUUCUGGCGAAGGACCUUCAUAAGAUGAUCGCGAAGGGAUGGAGGCGCCGAGGCCCUUCUCUCUGCCGAUGAGGUGUCUGCUUCCAUCCUCCUGGGGAGAGGAUGGGGACGCUGUUCUGACGGGCUGGUCGUCUUGGGUGCUGGGGGUGGGGAAGGUGGUGGCAGUAGCGGUGGGGGCCCUUGAUUCUGUGCGAGGGGAGGUGGUGGCGGUGUGCUGGGCGUCUCGGACAGCCGAUGCUGCGGUGGUGGAAGCGAAAACGAACCUGGAAACACACAAAGCCAACAAACCGUUGACAUGCCUUCUGUUCCGCCCCCCCUCCCUCCUACCGGCAGUGUCUGUAGGUUGCUGCUGUGUCUUGGGCUUGCUCCUGGCCAUUGCCGGUGCUCGCGGAUCGUAGAUGGCAUCAUCGUCCUCAUCCUCGUCGCCGGUGAUCUUGGCUGCUCGGCUGCCUAAUUGCCUCUUCCUUUUGCGGGGUCGAGGGGCGGGAGGGGGACGCUGUUCUGAUGGGUUGGCCGUCUUGGGCGCUGUGGGUGGGGGCGUUUGGUUUUGGGGGCGGGGCGGGCGUGUGUGUGUGUCUGGCGUCGUGGGCAGUCGAUGUUGCGGUGGCGGAGGCGACAGUGGACCUGAGAAGACAACAGCAACGGACCAUUGGCGUGUUUUCCUCUCUGCCUCUCUCCCUGCCCGCAUACCGGCAGAUGACUCCUUUGGGCAGAGUACCCGCUUGCCAAGUGUCAUCCGCAGCUCAAACGGCUCAUCUUGGCCUACCGGCCCACCAGCCCUGGCGCGCUCAAGCAAGGCUGUCAGCCGACGCAGAUCCCAGCCGUUCUCCCCGUCACGCCGCACCGCGGGAUCGCACACAUGUACCGCCUCGCCCUGGCUGUCAUCUAGCGGCCCUGCCACCACGUGCAGAGCGUCACGAGAGUCCUUUGCGGGCCUCACGCCGAACUCUUGGACAUCCCGAUAGGCCUGGUGGAACAUGCGUAGGUCACCGGGGUCACUCCUCUUGUAAAGGAUAUCUCUCAAGGAUUUGACCAGCGGGGCAGGCUGACUUGGGAGAGGUCGAGGGGCUCUGUGCUGAU